AUACAUAUGUGGUAGUAAAAAAUUAGAAAAUAGGAAUGUCGAAUGAUUCACAUAAAAUUCAUGGUAACAUUUUUAUCUCUGAGGAUGGGGUAUCUAAAGGACUCUGAGGAGAUUUAAUGUGUAAUGUUAAAAGUUCUACCUCACAAAUAAAGUGGUAGGUUCAUCAUGUUUCAUAACAUUUACUCUUUUGUAAUUUUCAAGUAUUAAAAAAAAUUAAAUUUAAAAAGAAACUGUAAAGCAACAGGCCUCAACACACCCAGCUACAAGCGGUGACACCUCAGAGUGCGCUAGGUCAGAGGCCUCAAACCAGUUGCUUCUAGAACGCGCAGCUUCUGUGGCCGCUGCACGCAUGCGCGCUCCAUCCGCCAAUCAGCGACGCGCUUGCCUGAGGCGAAGCUGGCUUUAUUCCCGCGCGAAUCCCGAGUCGCCUCAUCUCAGCGUCGCGGCAGCAGAGCGGACGCGUCGGGUGAGGAGGUGUGGUGGUGAGGCGGCGGCGGUUGGAAUUGAGGGGCUUGGCUUUGGAGAUUGAUAACUGUUGCCCCCGGCUUUUGGGUUUUUUGUGUCUUUUUUCCCCAGGCGUGAGUAGGGGGGGUAGUUUGGGAUUUCGGACCAGCAGCGACUUGUGACCAGUGAGAAGUCAGAAGAUAACUAAUUAUGGCACCCUCCGGAAGAAAGCAUACCGGGAAAUCGGGGAAGCUGGCAAUGGAGGAGCAGGUUGUACAUGUCUAUGACUUUGAGAAAGAAGAGAAGAAAGAUCUGAGUGGUUCAGAGGAGGAUCUUGCAGAAGGAAAGUUUCCAGUAAUUGAUAAGCAUGGGAAGAAAAGGCCUUGCCCUGGAAUGAUUGAGGAAGAUAUGGGGGGUGAAGUUGAGAAUAUGUUGGAAAGAUUUGGAGCUGACAUUAACAAGGCUCUUCUUGCAAAGAGAAAAAGAUUGGAAAUGUAUACCAGGGCUUCUCUGAAAACCAGUAACCAGAAAAUUGAAAAUGUUUGGAAAGCACAACAAGAGCAAAGGCAGAAACUUAACCAAGAAUAUUCUCAGCAGUUUCUGACUCUGUUUGAGCAGUGGGAUAUAGAUAUGCAAAAAGCUGAGGAACAAGAAGAAAAAUUAGCUAAUAUGUUUCGACAGCAACAAAAGGUUUUUCAGCAAUCUAGAAUUGUUCAGAGCCAGAGACUGAAAACAAUUAAACAGUUGUUUGAGCAGUUCGUAAAGAGCGUGGAGGACUUGGAGAAGAAUCAUGAAAGUCGUCUUACUGGUGUACAAAAUGAACUUAGAAAAGAAAUGGCUAUAUUGCAAAAAAGAAUUAUGAUGGACACUCAGCAACAAGAGAUGGCAAGUGUUCGAAAGUCUCUUCAAUCCAUGUUAUUCUGAUGACUCUUUGAAGAAAGAACUUGAACCUAAGUAAUAUGAUACAAUUAUAACAUUAGCUAAGGGACACAUUAGUCUUUAUAGUGGUUUAAAAAUUCUAGUUUAAAUUACUGUAUCUUGUUAAUCAUUAGCUUUUUGUUAAGUGCAAGACUCCUGUUCUGUUACCCCCAAUAAAUCUAAACAGUUAUGUAAAUAGCAGCAACUUCAAAGUUAUAUGUAUCAAGCUUUCAUUUCUUUUGUAAUAAUAGUGAAUUUUUCUCCCUAACACUGUCAAUUAACUUAUCAGUAAAGAGUAUUUAAUUUUAGGUUAUGGCCUCCUUGGAUCUGUAUCAGUCCUAAAAGUAUGCAAAAUUACAUUGUUAUUCUUUAAGAAAAAAAAAUUAAAGAUUGCAAGAUCUACUUUAUAUGUACAUCCUUUUGUAUAUACUUAUUAAGUUACAGAGCCAAUGCUAAUUUCAAAAGAAAAUCUAUUCUACUGGCUUAUAAAAUUUAUUAAAGACAUCUUAAGUUUGUGUUCUGCAAUAAACUGUUAAAAAUCACUAAGACAACUGAACAAAAUAUAUAAAUAUCAGUUCUCAGACAUGGGUUUGUGAAUGUCAUUUCCACAAAGACAUCAAAAUGCCAUUUAAUUGGGUUUGGCACACUCUUAUAUGACACAUGCCCUUAGCAUCGAUUAAGAGCAUUUAAUUAACAUACUUAAUUACUUGUGGUAUAACGAUAUCACAUCUGUCUUUAAAGAUAAAUUAUCUAGAAUGUUUUGUUUUUCAAGUUUAAUAUUCAGUGAAUAUAUGAAGUUUGAUUUUACAUUCAUUUCCAAACUUGAACUAUUCAUUCUUAUACUUUGUUUUUAAAAUGUGCAUUUUUACAUAAAGAUAACAUAUAAAAUAUUCAGUUAGCAACA